AUGGCUUUCUUAUUCAACCGCGGCCGGUCGCGGUCACCAGCCGAGAUUGUUCGGUCAUCCAAAGAAUUAUUAUCCAGGAUCCACGAGUCCCCUAAUACCCCCAAGGUUGAAGAGGAGCUGGCGAAACAGCUCAGUCAAAUGAAGGUGAUUGUACAAGGCACACAAGAGGUCAACACGUCGCCCGAUCAGGUCCACGCGCUCGUUCAAGCCGCGAUUCACGAGGAUCUACUAUAUGAUCUCUCCCAGAGUAUUCACCUGCUUCCAUUUGAAGCCCGAAAAGAUACGCAGACGAUAUUUUCCCAUAUUCUCCGAUUCCGGCCCACCUCAUACGCGAAUGACAAGGAUCCCCCCGUCAUUUCGUACCUGGUCCACCACCGACCCGAGAUUAUCGUGGAGUUAUGUCGAGGCUACUCUCACGGUCAAAGUGCCAUGCCCUGUGGAGUCAUCUUACGAGAAGCCCUCAAGUUCGACGUGAUCACGGCGAUCGUGCUAUACGACCAGUCGGGGCCCGGGGAGCCAGCCGUCCGACUGUCAGAGCUGAAACCAAGUCUCGUGCAAAAGGGAGACGGGGUGUUCUGGAACUUCUUUGACUGGGUCGACAAGAGCAAUUUUGAAGUGAGCGCCGAUGCGUUCACGACAUUCCGGGAGAUCUUGACCCGUCAUAAAAGUCUCGUGACGGCAUACCUCGCCACUAAUUUUGACCUGUUCUUUGGGCGAUUCAAUGGCACCCUCGUGCAAUCAGACUCGUACGUGACCAAGCGGCAGAGCAUCAAACUCCUGGGGGAAAUCCUGCUGGACCGUGCGAAUUACAAUGUCAUGAUGGCUUAUGUGGAGAGCGGGGAGAACCUCAAGCUGUGCAUGAAGCUGCUCCGAGAUGACCGCAAGAUGGUGCAGUACGAAGGCUUUCAUGUUUUCAAGGUAUUCGUUGCCAACCCGAAUAAAUCCGUGGCCGUCCAGCGGAUUCUCAUCAACAACCGCGACCGGCUCCUGAGAUUCUUGCCCAAGUUCCUGGAGGACCGAACCGAUGACGACCAAUUUACCGAUGAGAAGAGUUUCCUGGUACGCCAAAUCGAAUUAUUGCCCAAGGAGCCUGUGGAGCGGGCUCGGCCUACGCGCGAGUCGCAGUCCGGGAUCAACCCGACGGCGAUGGCUUGA